CACCACAGUCCACUUCACGUGUUUGUUCCUUCAGGAUGCUCUUCCUCUGACUCAUGUGAAGAAAAUGCAGGAGGUGUAUGAUCUCAACGCCAUCAUGAACUCAGAGAUCCGCUUCAGGUGGCUCCGGUUGUGUGUGCGGUCCAGGUGGGAGGAAGCAGUCCCCAUGGCGCUGAAGAUGGCGACCGAGCAGGGCAGGAUGAAGUACACCAGGCCGCUCUUCAGAGAGGUCUUCAACUAUGAAAAGUAUCGCGAGGAAGCGGUUCGAGUGUUUGUGGCUCACAGAGCCGCGAUGCACCCGGUCACCUCCGGACUGGUCGGCAAAGACCUGAAGGUGGACGCCAGUAAGACCACCAGCCUGUAACGACAAACCAGUGAGACCAGGACCAGGAUCAUCAGGAGCUCCUUCAUGUGUUAAACUUCAUUCUUUGGUUAAAUUGUUUCUUUGUCUGUAAAUGAAGAAAUAAAACAGACUGAAGUAAA